AUGGCUACGUACGUCGGCCCCCAAGCGCGCGAAGGCGAGCUCGUCUUCGGCGUCGCGCAUAUCUUCGCGUCGUUCAACGACACUUUCGUGCACGUCACGGAUUUGUCCGGUAAGGAAACCCUGAGCCGAUGCACCGGCGGGAUGAAGGUGAAGGCGGAUCGCGAUGAAUCCUCUCCGUACGCGGCGAUGCUCGCGGCGCAAGACGUCGCGGCGCGAUGCAAGGAGCUCGGAAUCACGGCGUUGCACAUCAAGAUGCGCGCCAAGGGCGGUAACAAGACGAAGUCGCCGGGUCCGGGCGGCCAGAGCGCACUCCGGGCGCUCUCGCGCAGUGGCAUCAAGAUUGGCCGCAUUGAGGACGUAACGCCGACGCCGACGGACUCUACUCGUAGAAAGGGUGGUCGCCGCGGUCGUCGUUUGUAG